AAAAGAAGGAAAAACGGAGCAAGGUCUUGGAAGGGCUGUUUAUCCGCGGCAAGAGUUUGCUUCGACAAAGAUGAUUGCUAUUGGCUCAAUCAGAUAUCUCCAGCUUCUCCCUCCAACAGAUCUCCCUUCAUUCAACCAUAAUCCCCCUCUCCCAAUUCUCAAUUGCCAUACUGGGUUCAAGAAUCCAUCAUUUUUCCUAGUACCUCUAAUCUAUCGCCAAAUCAUAGCUUCCUCCUCGUCGACGUCAGAAUAUACAGCUAUAGCUAAUGAGCAAACCCCAAUGGAAAAUAUUAAUUCUGUGCCGAAUUCUUCCAUGACUCUUCUCUUUGUCGAAAUGGGCGUCGGCUAUGAUCAACAUGGGCAAGACGUUACCUCUGCAGCAAUGCGGGCUUGUAAGGAUGCAAUUUCUUCCAAUUCAAUACCGGCUUUCAGAAGAG